CCGCCACCUGCAACUCCCCCUCUUCUACCUUCCAUUUUUUACUUUUCCCCCUUCUUCUUUCUCUCCUUCUUUCCCGUAUUCCACCCCUUCUGGUUUACCUUUUCUUUCUUUUUCCCUUCUUCAUCACUCUAUUUCUUCUAUCCCACCCAACCUUCUAUAUCCCCUCCUUUAAUUUCAUGCCCAGAGACCUGACGGCAACCCUUCCUCUUCUUCAAUGGCAACCAGGCGGCGGCAGAGAAGAUGACAGAGGCGGCAUAGCUCGACGGCGGCGGCAGAAUGAUGAAGAUGGCUGGGCGUUUUCAUCACAGAACUCGACGAAGAUAGUGGUGGCAGACUGGCAGAGAUUGACGGUGGUGGAAGAUGCAAAGCUAGAGGGUGAGAAGGAAGAAAUAAGAGAAGCAAAUAAAGAAAGAAGAAAAGGGGGGGGGGGAGUUGCAGAGAAUGGGAGGAUGAAGAAGAAAGAAAACAUUUAAUAAAAAGGGGAAAAAGAAGCUCUAUGCUACACAGACGGCCAUAUCAGCGCUUAUAGGAAAAACUAGUUCAGUAACGCGCGUUGCGCGUUCGUGGUAAUGCCCAAAGCCAUCAUAGAAAUAUUAAUUCCUGAAUUUAGUGUGAGUCGAUUUGAGUAAUAUGAAUACAAUAUUUGAAUGCAUAGUUUGUUUUGCAUUGAUCAAGAAUCCGAAUCAAUAAAGUGUUUGUAGGCUAGAUUGUAU